CAAGAUCACACCCUUCACUUCCUCAACCUUCCACAUUCAUUCUUCAAGAAAACCCUAAAACUCAAACCCACACAUUUUUCACUGUUUCAUAAUUCAUUCUCAUCACCACCACCAAAAUGACCAUCGACGCCCUCCGUCGGUUCUUUCUUCCAUGUUUCUUCCCUUCCAAGCCUCAAUCCACCAUCCCUUUCUCCGACCACCACCACCACCCUCCAGCCACCAAGAACAACCACCCUUCCUCGCCUGCUUCUUUGACGUCAUCUUCCACCGCUGCUUCGACGGCUCCGCCGCGUCCCUCGAAGUCGAUGGUGAUCGGAACCAUCUUCGGUAACCGCCGCGGCCACGUGUGGUUCUGCAUCCAGCACGACCGUCUUUCUUCAAAACCUUCCCUUCUUCUUGAGCUGCCGCUCUCCACCGACCACCUCGUCCGUGAAAUGCGGAACGGCGUCGUCCGCAUCGCCCUCGAGUGCUCCGCAGCCACCAACGCCUGCCCCCUCCGCUCCGUCCCCCUCUGGACCGCCUUUUGCAACGGCAAGAAGACCGGCUUCGCCGCCCGCCGCCGCGCCGGAGACCGCGUCCGCAACAUCCUCCGCACCAUGCAGUGCGUCUCCGUCGGCGCCGGUGUCAUCCCCUCCGGCUUCGCCUCCGCCUCCGCCGCCUCCUCCGAGGAGCUCAUGUAUAUGCGCGCCAAUUUCGAGCACGUGGUGGGUAACGCCGACUCCGAAUCGUUUCAUCUCAUCAACCCCGACGAGUGCCCCGGCCAGGAACUCAGUCUGUUCUUGCUCCGGUCCAGACUCGGUGCCACUCGCUGAGUUCACACCGACUCAAAGUUCAUCUUUUUUAUUUAUUUUCCGGUACAUAAAAAGAAAGAAAGAAAAAAGUCCUACCUGAAAAUAUAAAUUUUUCUUUUUUCAACGGCAAAACAGAGAAUUGUUGGUUCUUAUUUUUAAGGCAAAUCCGGAUAUUUCUCAGCCCUGAAAGUCAAAGAAAGAUGGAGUAUGCACUUAAGGAACAAAGUUAUCUGUUGAUUAUAUCACAUUUUUUGUGAUGAUAGUUUAUUGGUUUUCUUGUGAAUGUAUUUAGAUUUUUCUUUGUUUUUUUUUUUUUUACUUUCUGAGAUCCGAGUCUUGUAAAAAAAAUUGAUUUUUUUAAAAGGGGGACUGUGUUGUAAUUGUUGCCCAUGUGAGUUCUGUGUAAAGUUGAUGGGUUUUUCUAGGACUAAUCCAUCUACAAUACUGUAUACUUUAUUUUUUUUCGCAUUUGUCUAUAAUAAUAAUGUAACAGGGUUAAACAGGGGAUGGUCUUGGAAUCUUUGCUAUUUCGUUUAUGCUUUGAA